AAACUUCCUCGGGUAACACGUCAUCCAUUUUGACAAAAUGGAUCGAACGGUAGUUUCCGUGUUAUUUUGUUUCGUUUCCUAUGUUUUUCAGCUGGCAAGUACUGAAAAAAAUGUGUAUAAUUUCAACGGAGGAUGGGAAACAGAUGAGAGCAAGAUGCUAGCAAGACCGGGUAUAUGUAACAUAGAUGUUGUAGAUGUCAGCAAACAGACCUUCUCUCAAAAACAUUUCGAGGAUUACUAUGCAUAUGUAAAACCUGUGAUUAUUAAAGGCUCUACAGACAAUACUAAAUUCAGAAAGCUGUGUGAAAAGACAGCAUUGUUAGAGAGAUAUGGUGAUAAAAUUGUUCGUCUGAGCUCAGCCAAUACACACUCUUAUAGCAAAAGAGAUGUUGAAUUAAAGAAAUAUGUGAAUGAAAUUAUGAAACCACAAACUUUGGACACUUUAGGAAAUGAGACUUAUUACUGGUUUGGGGACAAUGAUUAUGUAGAGUUUGCUGAUUUAUUUGAUCAAUAUAAAGCUCCACCAUAUAAAUUACCCAACAUGCAUGGUGUUUACAGCUUUGGUUUAGCAGCUGCAGGUACAGGUGUUCCUUUUCAUUUUCAUGGACCUGGUUUUGGAGAAGUUAUUUUUGGUAGAAAGCGCUGGUUUUUGUAUCCACCUGAGAAACAGCCUUCAUUUAACCCAAAUAAAACAACACUUCAUUGGUUAAUGGAAGAAUAUGAUAAUCUACAUCAGUUAGAUAAACCUCUAGAGUGUACAAUCAAUGAAGGAGAGAUUAUUUAUUUUCCUGACAGAUGGUGGCAUGGAACUUUAAACAUUGACACAAGUGUUUUUAUUUCAACAUUUCUUGGAUAAAAACAGAACAAAAAAUAUUAGAAUGACACAUAAUCUCCUUUAACUUAAAUGAGUGGUAAGAAUAAGUAAUGAAAUAAGGAAUACAAGAAUAACACAGCAACACACUGGGAAAUAGUAAAAUUGUAAGAAACAUAAAGUUAGCAAUAGUGGCUUGGUAAGGAUGAAUUGAACAAAAAAAUUUUAAUAGUUUGGAGGGAUGGAAUGACUGAAGGACCAACCGACAUCAUGCUGCAAAACAAUAUGCCCAUUUCUUACAUAUGUUUAGAUGUAGAAUUUGACUUUCACCUACAUUUUGAUCCAGUGAAAACUGUUUCCACUCAAUAACUUAGAGUAUGGACAAUAUUUUAAAUGUUAGUUUAACUUUAUAAAAAGAACUUGUGUAGAAUGUUAUAUCUUUUCUAACAUUUUGAGUAUUUAGAAAAACUUAUAUCAUUUAAUUCACAUGUAUAAUUCAUUAGUUUUUAGUUUAGCAUGAUAAAAGCAAACGUUAUAUAUUUACAAAAAAAAUAAAAUUAGGUGAAUAUGAUAAAACAAUAAUUUUGUAUCAUAUUGCUCUAGAAAUGACCAUGAUUGUUAAAGAUGUUGUAAAUUUACUAUUUUUAAAAGAUACAAAUAAUUGUGUACAUAAACAAAUAUUUUUUCACAAACAUAACUAAUUUUUUUUUUGACUUUAAUAAUGGUUACUUAUUCUUACUACUGUACCCAUUUAAGUUAAGAAGUUACUGAAUUAUUAU